AUGCAAGGUACAAUGGACCACUCACGUAGACAAUUGCCGCCAAUGGCGCCACAUAAGCGAAAAGUGAGAGAUGAAACGUUUGACUUUCUGAAGCCGUCAAGGCCGAUAAGACCACCACCACCAAAGCUAGCCAAGCCGAAGACUGUUGCUCCUCCAUCCACGGCCCCAAUUAAGCCAUCAUCCAAACCCUCUGUAUCUUCUCCGGCUCAGGCGCCGGCCAAUAAUAACAUACUCCUAGCUGGAUACUUGGCUCAUGAGUACCUCCACAAAGGCACAUUAUUCGGCCAAUUAUAUACUCCGGCUCCACCAGCUUCUCCGGCGACCAGUUCAGCCGGUUCUAAGACAAUGAUACAGCCGAGUUCUGGUUCUCUUAAUGGGGAAAGGGGAAAGGCUGUUGAGCUGAAGCCGAAGCUGAAGCCAAAGCCAGGCGAGAAGAAACGUAUUCACGAGCCGCAGCUGGUCAAGAAUCAAAGGUACGCCGACGUGUCCCAGCUGCUAAAAGAUGGGGUCCACAUACCGGGCAUUGUUAACCCAUCACAGCUUGCUCGUUUCUUGCAUCUAUAA